AUGCCGCGCACGCGCACCGAAGUUGCCGGCUCCUCGCCGGACAGAGCCGGCGAGCAGUUUGUGGCGAAGCCGGAGCCGGAGGAGCGGUCCUCAUGGUGCAGCGUCAGGGCGGCGAGGAGGAUGCCGCCGGAGGAGAAGGAGGGCGGUGGGAGGCAGAAGAUCCCCCUCCUCCCGGGGGCCACGAUAGGAACGGCGAGGAUGGCGGGCUCUGCCAGGUGCACGACCUGGAAGCGGCAGCAGGCGCUGCCAGCCUCGGCGACGGCGGCUGCUUCCGAGGAAGUUUCCCUUGGAGACGCGGGACGCCCGCUGCCUCAUGUGAGAGAGAUAAAGGAUGCGGAACCCUCACAUAUUCCAUUGUAUGAAGGAAUAAAGGGGAAAGGACCUGUCCAGGGCUUGGCCUGUUCUAUACGCUGCUGUCUGCCUUUCUCUUCUCUGUGGCAUCUUUAUUCCUCAAGAAAAUUGAAGGUGUUCAUUCAGUGGAAGUCAGUGCCAUUAGAUGUGUUUUCCAAAUGACAUUUGUCCUUCCUGGUUUAAUAUACUACAGAACAGGAUUUCUGGGACCAGAAGGCAAACGACUCGUUCUUUUCUUUCGAGGAUUGCUUGGCUCUGGUGCAAUGAUUCUUCUCUAUUAUGCUUUCCAAGUGAUGCCUCUUGCUGACGCUACAGUCAUUACUUUCAGCAGCCCAGUUUUUACAUCACUAUUGGCCUGGAUAUUUCUCAAGGAGAAGUAUAGUCCUUGGGAUAUUCUUUUCACUCUGUUUACAAUCACCGGAGUGGUGCUUAUUGCAAGACCACCUUUUUUAUUUGGAUCCAGAGUUGCUGGAAUAGAAGAAGAGUACAGAGAUCGCCUGAAAGGAACAAUAGCAGCUGUUUCAAGUGCCGUAGCUGCCGCGUCAACUUUUGUUAUACUAAGGAAGGUGGGGAAAUCGGUGCAUUAUUUUUUGUCCAUUUGGUAUUAUGCAGUAAUUGGGUUAAUAGUUUGCCUAAUAGCACUUUUUGUAAUGGGUGAGUGGAGUUUACCCAACUGUGGCAUAGAUAGAUUUCUCUUGGUAUUAAUUGGAGUGUUGGGUCUAGGUGGCCAAAUAUUCCUUACAAAAGCACUGCAGAUAGAGAAAGCUGGUCCUGUUGCUAUAAUGAAAACAAUGGACGUGGUGUUUGCUUUUAUCUUCCAAAUUAUUUUCCUCAAUCAUUUGCCUACGUGGUGGACAGUCGGAGGUGCCCUUUGCGUAGUAGCUAGCAGUUCCGGAACUGUCAUUCGGAAGUGGCAUCAAAACUCGAAAAAAAGUACAGGAAAUGAAAUUUGACAGGUGGGGGUGUUAUUUCACUGCUGAAAGAGAGCAAAGCACUUGAGUAUUUAUUUUAAAUAAUUCGCCACCACCUUUCCUUUUCGUGGAGAUGGUGCUCCCAUGUGCCAGCUAUGGCACCAGCCCCUUCUCUCUGGCAAAGAGCGAGACUUCCGCCUGCACAGGUAGGGCUGAAGUGUGUGCCCAGUUCAUGUUUCAAUCUGGUAAUGUUUCUGUUUUGUUUUGUUAUUUCUACUAGUUGUUGCUUUGGCAUAGUUAUUUUUCUAUAUUUUGGUGAAGCAGAUCUUAAAAAUGUAUUUAUAGCAAUAUAUAUCUUUUAUAUUAUUACAUUGUGCCUGAGUAGACGGAGCAAAGGCUAUAUUGGCUGCUACUAUUCAGCUGCUACGAUUCAAGGAAAAGAAAAGACAAUGGCCAAGACAGUGGCACCCAUGCUCAGUACUAUGCAAAAUGUUUUGAAUGUCUGUCUGUUUAACUAUGCAAUUAAAGUAGCACCUACUUGUCAGUUUUGCCAGAAUUUUGGAUUUAAGGAUGGUGGACUGUUUAAGCCCCUAUGUACUAAGAGUGGGAUGCACCAGAAGCUACUGCAUUCCAGAGACCCACAAUAAGCUGGUACGCUGAUGAUGCAUCAACACUGCCCCAUGCCAUUGCAAAUUAUGCUAGUAUACAUUCUCAGGAUUGAUGUGUCUAUCAACUUAAAUCCAAGCAUUUUGGCAUAAGUGGUUUUUGCCUAACAUAAUAAUUCUGGAACAGUGUUUGCCUUUGUCCACAUACUGUAGCAACACAAAACAACAAGCGGCUUGAUCUAUUGCCCUGGAUUUGUGGGCUUGUCAUAGACAUCCCAUUCACUAUAGUGGAGAAGUCAGGCGCAGCAGGUCUUUGCAUAGAGAUGUUUCUUGGUACAGUCAUACCUUGGUGGACGAACGUCUUGCGACUCGAACGUUUUGGCUCCUGAACGCCACAAACCCGGAAGUGAGUGUUCCGGUUUGUGAACGUCCUUUGGAACCCAAAUAUCCGACGUGUAUUCCGCCACUUCCAAUUGGCUGCAGGAGCUUCCUGCAGCCAAUUGGAAGCCACGCCUUGGUUUCCAAACGUUUUGGAAGUCGAAUGGACUUCCAGAACGGAUUCCGUUCGACUUCCGAGGUAACACUCUAUUGGUGCAAAAACAGAAAACUAAGCCUUGCUCAGACAUGAAAUGACAUUGUAUUGCAGUUGUUGCGAUGGACAUGUACAACAUAACAUGAAAAUGUCUGAAAUGUAUGUAUAAUCUUAAAAUGUUCACAUGAACUAGAAUCUGGAUGAAUCAGGGUUUUACAACCAACAAGACUUGUUCUGCAGGUGUUGCCCGCACUCACAUUUGACUGUGUUAGAGUUGCAUUUAUGAGAGCAGCAUGUCUGUGUGUAAUAUGGUCAGCUAAACCACAGAGAUGGUAUCAGUGUGAUCAGCGUUUUGUAUCUUUCUUUCUCCUCACUGCUUGUUCAUUGCUAACAUUUCCUGUUUGGUGUAACCCAAGCCAAGUUCCCAUCCAUAGUUACAUUGGUGUCUUCAUCACCAGAUAUAAAAAUAGAACAAUGUUCAGGAGAUUCCAAAUCUCAUCCCUCAGAGCCGGUUUUUCUUUAAAACACAAAUGGUGUUGUUUUCAUGUAGUUUACCCCUAAACCUGGAUGCUACCCCAUUUCUAUUUUCAUUUAGAGUUCUGUUAUAGAAAAGUCAAGGUGGAAACAUCAGUAAAACCAAGUACAAUAUGCAACAGAUUAGGCUAGCAUUUUCCUGUAUGCGCCUUAUUUUCAGCUAGCUAAUGUGAAAAGCAUAUCAUGAAGCAUUCAUUGAAACACAAAUCCAGUCACCCCAGAACUUCCUGGUGUCAAUGUACUUUAGUAAGUGGAAUGUAUUUUAGUAAGAGCACCAGACGUCACUUUGAUUGCACACAUAAUUGUGAUAAAUAAAAUUCCUAAUGCAUAUUCAGUAU